GAGUUUUGGGAACAGCAGCAUUCAAAGAGACAGACAGCCCAUAGACGUGGACCAAGAGGAUGUCUCUCCGUCAAAGCAUAUGGAUGCUACAAGUGAUGAGGUAACGCCCAAUUUUAACAGCUGAUUUCAGUCAGUCACAGACCUAUGUCUGUUUUAGUCUCGGACACCAGACACUUCCGCCUGGGGAAGAGGUUAUGUCUGUAUAGACGUAUAUAUGACAGCACAUUAUAACCAGCGAUCUUUGCGGUGAGUAGAGUAAUACUCCCUAUACUUUCAAUGCAUUUUUGCGCAAAAGGUUUGUAAACGCUCACGCAAAAUACAAAAGGUGGAGUUUACCCUCCACUACACCACUGAUUAUAACACAAUAACAACAAGGCAACUACUAUGAAUUUUACUAAAUCCCCAUGUCAUGCCCAUAUCUCCAUUCAGUAGAUAGUUAGCCUUUUUUAGAAUCAGAUUGUGAAAUACUUACACUCUGGUUUCUAACAUGUAGGCUCAGCAUUCCCCAACAGUCCCAUUACAAGCCAGAAUGUUGAACAAACUUAAUUUAAAUUUACUUCAACUAAUCUGUAACCUGAGACAAAAUAUCCACAGGGAAGCGUUAUCAACCCGACCUUCAGUACUCUGGUCUGUCUAUCGGUUUGUAUUUCUGAUUUUGUAUUUUCAAUACUGAUGCAAUUCGCACGUGACAAACACUUGCACAAUAUGGCCGAGCCUAACCAACCAACAGACCGAACGUAGUCCCACGCAAUCAGAUGGCAAAUGUCACAAACCCUUCCAGCUGCUUGCGAGGAAACCUGCUUACGUCGACUACGUCCGGUUAGAUCCUGCUAUUGUUUACAUAUUGUGCGUCAUGUGCAAUGCAUCAGGAGAUUGAAAAUACAAGCGACUGAACCUACCGGCGCCGCAAAAAGUAGGGUAAACAACACUUUCCUGUGGAUACCCUAUCUCCACCUCCUACCACCAAAAGGACCAACAGCACGUACAACCAGUAAAGUAAGUGUAAAUAUCAUUUUAUUCAACAUUCUGGCUUGUAGAGACUCUUGCGUCUUUUUUAGGCAGACUACUUUCAGACUGAAUAUCCAUGGUAACAGUCUGAUGUUUAGGCAUGUAGAAAGUGUAUGCUCAUCUCUCCCACUUAACCCCAUCAGCAGUCAGGAGAGACAGAGGAAGGGGAACUAGACCUGCUGAUCAUCAAGGAAGAGGGAGAAGCAGAUGACCAGGACUCUAGGUCCAGCCACCCAGCCAGAACAGUGGAGGGCAGCAGAGAGCUAACCACCCAACCGGCUGCAGCCACCACAGAGGACCCCGCCUUCCAGUCCAGUGGCCCCAAAGGCAACAACAACUACAACAACACCGCUAUGGAGGUCAGUGGAUCUGACGACGUCCUCCUCCAAUCAGAAACAGGGAAUAUGAACCAGGGACCCCAGCAGGACACAGAAUUUGAACUCCGAGCAGAGAGACAGAGUCUGGACACAAAGUGUGACAUGAACAGGGAUCUCACUCUUCUAAGAGAUUCUUUAAACCAGGUGUGGAGAGAGGUAGUAGUGACUGAUGAUGGUGCCUCUGCUGCUCACACUAAAGUAAUGGACCUAGGGAGUGGCCCAGUGGGCUCAGAAAUGCAGACUAGCUCUGCCAUAGAAAUGAGAAGUGUAGGGUUAGAAAACCACAGGUUCCAUUCCUCAUCAGAACAUGUG